GUAGAGGAAGAUGUGGAUGAGUGUCACAAACAGGAGUGGAUUAGAAGCUGUGUUGUGGAUGAGAGUGGCCAGGAGGAAUCAAAAUGAACGUGAAUGGAUCGUGACAAAAGGAGGCAGAGUGGGAACUGCAAUGGAGGCGUUACCUAGUCAAAGGAGGAAUCCGGAGCCACCUGUAGCCUCAAGACAAAGAUGAAGGUGGUGGGGUGGAGUGACGGGGGUGAGAAGAUAAGAUAAGGGUGAGAUAACAGUGGAUGGUGCAGCAGGAAGGUUGGGAACUUGGGUCUUGGGGAGCAAGGAAGGCGGCCAACAACACGCCGACUGUGAGGUGAUGUGUUCCCAAGCCGCCACAUUGAAGGAGGAGGAGGAUGAGAAGCUGGCCUCGUGGGAUCCCCGCCAAGAGGACUACCUGGGCGAGUGGAGGACAAGACCUGGCUACCCUUUCCCUCUCCCACACACCAGAGGAGCAGGGCCAGGCAGGGACGGGGGACACAGACCUCGUGGGUUGUACAUCAGUAACCUGCCUGGGACGAUGACUGCGGAGAGCGUGAGGCGGCUGUUUGGAGAGCACGGUGUUGUGGAGAGUGUAGUGAUGGGACGACCUGGUCCAGACGCCUCACAGCCACGGUGGGCCAUUGUCAACCCACACAGCACCAGAGACGCAGUGGCCAUGCUUGGGGCGCUGCAUGGCCGACCACCGCUGUGCCUCAAGGUAACUCCAGCCACCACACCAGAGGAGAAACAGCAGCAGCAGCAGGAGAGGCAGGCACAGCAGCACUUUCUGGAGGAGUUGAGAAGAGACCUGAAAGCAGCAAGUGCUGAAAACAGCACACCUGUAGCCACCACAAGCAGUGAUGGUCCUGCCAACACCAAUACACUAGCAUCUGCUGUCACCACCACUGACACCACCACCUCUCACAAUGAAGUCAGUGAAGUGCCCUUCGAAAUGGGUCAUGGUGUGGUGGUGGUGGACCACCGCCCUGCCCUGCCCUGUGUGAGCUGUGGGGCAGCCGGCCAGCUGGUGUGUGCUGGUUGUGGGGCAUGGUACUGCAGGAGGCUGUGUCAGGCAGCACACUGGCCACUCCACAGCACCAACUGCUCCAUGGUCCCUGGCUCUGUCUCUCCCUCCCUGCGUGAGUACUGGGGCACCUCUGGAUGAGGCACAGU